GGAGAACAUAAAAAAAGAAUCCCUCGCGAUGCUUCUCAAGCUCUCGAUGAAUGAUUCCAGUCGCCCCAACCCCUCGUCAAAUUCAUAUGUGCGAGCUAGAUCGUCAUUCUUGUUAAGCAGAGUGCAGCCUGGAUUUCCCUCUGCAGCUCUCCUCAGUCUCUCAUUCCCCAACUUGUGGUGAAUGCAAUGUCGUGUGCGAGAUUAUUGAGAGUUGCCAGUGAGUGUGUGCAUUGGUUUAUGUGAUUUUGGAGUGCAUUGGAGUGUUUCGAGAUGGUAAUGUAGAAGUGUUUGUGAUUUGGACGUCGAGUUGCGACGUUUCAAAAGGAGUGAGAGUGGGUUUUAGGUUCGGGACUUGGAGCUUCGACAAUUGUCUAUUGUUUUGAGAUGGCUGCAGGGACAGCGUGCGUGUAUACUAGUUGCAGCUCUAUUAAGUGUGUCCAGGAAGGCUGUGGCCGCACAUGGCAGCAGCUGAAUGUGGCUACUAUUCCAUCGCUGCCCCGAUCUGCAUUCUGCGGGAAGAAGCUUGCAUCGUCCCUGAAAGCCCAGGCGUGGUUGCCUGUAGCUCCUCUCAAACGCCGGAAUGACUCCAAGCAUGCUCUUAAAGUUUCGUCCGUCUUGAUGGAGCCCCGACCGCUUGAAAAUACCAUCGUAAAUGUGGGUACGGGGGAGGAGAAGCGAGUUGAUCCGAGAACGGUUCUGUCAAUCAUCCUCGGUGGUGGGGCUGGCACGCGUUUGUAUCCUCUUACAAAGAGACGUGCCAAACCUGCUGUGCCAAUUGGAGGUGGCUACCGGUUAAUUGAUGUGCCCAUGAGUAACUGUAUCAAUAGCGGAAUCAACAAAGUUUUCAUCCUCACCCAAUUCAACUCCACUUCUCUUAACCGCCAUCUUGCUCGCACCUAUAACUUCGGCAAAAUCAACUUUGGCGAUGGUUUUGUGGAGGUCUUGGCAGCUACCCAGACUCCCGGUGACAGAGGAGCUGAUUGGUUUCAAGGAACAGCCGAUGCUGUUAGGCAGUACUUGUGGUUGUUCGAGGAUGCGAAGAAUAAAGUUGUAGAGGACGUUGUAAUCUUGUCCGGAGAUCAUCUUUAUCGUAUGGACUACAUGGACUUUGUCCAGAAGCAUAGGGAUAGUGGUGCUGAUAUCACAAUCUCCUGCGUACCCAUGGAUGACAGUCGUGCUUCAGACUACGGAUUGAUGAAGAUUGACGGUGAGGGACGAGUUAUGAGUUUCAGUGAGAAACCAAAGGGUGAUGAUCUGAAAAAAAUGCAAGUAGAUACAACAAUCUUGGGAUUGUCGCCCGAGGAAGCUGCAGAGAAGCCCUAUAUUGCAUCUAUGGGUAUUUAUGUAUUCAAGAAGGACGUCCUUAUGAAGCUUCUAAGAUGGAGAUACCCAACUGCCAACGACUUCGGUUCAGAAAUCAUUCCUGCUUCAGCUAAGGAGUUCAAUGUUCAGGCAUAUUUGUUCAACUCCUACUGGGAAGAUAUCGGAACCAUAAAGUCCUUCUUCGAUGCCAAUUUAGCUCUUACUGCCCAGCCACCCCAGUUCAGCUUUUACGAUGCUGCUAAGCCAAUCUUCACAUCGCCUCGGUAUCUUCCCCCGACAUCAAUUGAACAAUGCAUGGUUAAGGAUUCUAUAAUAUCCCACGGAUGCUUCCUCAAGAAAUGCAGUGUAGAGCAUUCAAUUGUUGGUGUUCGAUCUCGUCUGGAGUCCGGUUCUGUCUUGAAGGAUACGAUGAUGAUGGGAGCUGAUUUUUACGAUACCGAGAAGGAAGUUGCAGAUAUGUUAAGGAAUGGAAAGAUUCCCCUAGGAGUUGGUGAAAAUUCCAGAAUCAGCAACUGCAUAAUCGAUAAGAAUGCCCGGAUCGGCAAGAAUGUUGUCAUCGCCAACACUGACAACGUCCAAGAAGCUACAAGACCAGAGCUUGGCUUCUACAUCAAAACAGGAGUGACGGUGAUCGAGAAGAACGGGAUCAUCAAGGAUGGAACUGUAAUCUAAUUCCGAGGAACGGCACAAACACUUGACUGAUUUUACCAAGAUGAAGAGCAUACCAUGUAUCCUAGCAAGAUAGCAUCCCAUAAGUUAUCGUGAUUAGCUCGACUUAACACGCAGAUUUUAGAACACAUUCAUUUUGUACCUCAUUUGCUUGUAGGAGAGUGACACUGGAGAGGUUUCUCUUUUCCUGUCAGGGUAAAGUAGCCUUUUAAUCUAGCGUGGUGACAAUACUAGUUCCAGCGGGAUUAAGAGUUGACGUCGAAGCAGCUCAUACUGCGUAGAAACAUUGUCUCUAGAUUCUCUGUACCAUAGUAUUCCAUUUUAAAUUCCUUACAAUAGUCUUCAUUACAAGCCGUCAAGUGCUUUUUUCGCUGGCA